AUGGAGAGAAGGCGACUAUUAUACAUCCUCAAACAACAACUAUCAUUCCACACCUCGCGAUUCUCAUGGAAUCAGAACAUAGCCUCCAGUCUUUCAUGUACAGGAUUAAUUCGCUCCCCCUCAGAACCGCGCGUCUUCCCUACUUCAGGGUGGGAUAAUGUCGACCCUUCCGUACCUGUUGAAGAAGAGUCAAUUCCAACCUACAGACCUGAGAAAUUCUAUCCGGUCCGCAUCGGUGAGGUAUUCAACCACCGAUAUCAAGUAGUCGGCAAGUUGGGAUAUGGAUCUAGCGCGACUGUGUGGUUGUGCCGUGACUUGUUGGACCACCGUUACAUAGCUUUAAAAGUUUACACAGCGUCAACAACAGUGACCCGAGAGAUCGAAAUUUACAAUCAUUUAAGAACGAUUCAGUCCAACCACGCGGGUCAGUCAUGCCUGCGACCGUUGAUUGAAAUCUUUCAGGCCCAGAGCCCAGAUAAAGAGAGUGUUCAUACUUGUCUGGUGCAUCCACCUCUUGGGAUUAGCCUCGACCAGCUCACUCGGCUGCUGCCAGAUAGGGUCAUGAGCAGCGCCAUGGUGAGAACUACCAUCCGGAAUAUCCUUGCUGCCCUAGAUUUCCUCCACACGGACGCACGGAUUAUACAUACCGAUCUCCAACCAAGUAACAUUCUCCUCGGCAUCAAGGACAACUCAAUUCUAUCGGAAUUCGAGACAGCAGAAUUUGAAGCGCCUGUGCCCCGGAAGACCCUGGAAGAUCGUACCAUCUACCUCUCACGGCCGCUCCCCCUCUCCUAUGGGACACCCGUUCUCUGUGAUUUAGGCGAGGCUCGACUAGGCACCGACCAGCAAAAAGGCGAUAUCAUGCCAGAUAUCUAUCGGGCACCGGAGGUCAUCUUAGACCUGAGUUGGGACUACAAAGUUGACAUCUGGAAUGUUGGGAUGGUGAUUUGGGAUCUGUUUGAGCAUCGUCACCUGUUCAGAGCCCGAGAUCCCGAAGGGAAGUUGAAUGAUGGAUAUCAUCUCGCCGAGAUGCAAGCGGUCUUAGGAGGUGCUCCUCCUCCGGAGUUGCUCGCUCGGAGCGAAUGGAGUCUCCGGUUUUGGGAUGAAAAUGGUAAAUGGAAAGGCGCAGCUCCCGUUCCAGAUUACAACCUCGAGGCUCUGGAAGAAAGACUCCACGGGGAUGAAAAGGGCGACUUCCUCCGCUUUCUCCGGCGAAUGUUAUGUUGGCUACCCGAAGAACGAGCCACGGCAAAAGAGCUUCUAUUUGAUCCUUGGCUCAUGCAUGGCCUUUUCAAGUGA